AUAUUUGAUAUAAUCCCGUUUUGUUCAGACCUCUUUCAGUUUUUUUUCUGUGGUUCGUUUUUUUUUCCCUCACCUGGGGAGAGCGGGAGGGGGAAGGAGACAGCCUGGACUUGGCAGGAGAGCCAGGCCAAACUGAUACAGUAUUCUAAACUAUUUUACUAUAAUCCCUCUUCUACAUAGGCUGAGCUCUGAGGGCAUUAGUUUACUAUUUAUUAUAAAGGAGUUAGCUACAUUGCCCAGUGGGCUUGCAAUCAGCACAUAUGCCAAAAUAAUAGAUAGAAUAGCACAAACAGUACCUAGACAAAUUGGUACCGUCAAAGUCUACAGAAACAUUGGAGAAAUCUAAUAUGGAAAGUACUUGUACAGGGUCUGGCUGAGUGUGGUAGAGUAGAGGAGGGAAGACUCUUGGUCAGACACGAGUAGUAUGACACGAGUAAUAUGACACUGAUUAUGUGGAUGAUUAUGAUUAGUUUUAUUGCUAAUACAGUAUAUAACAUAAACAGGUCUAUAGGGUUGUAAUAUAAGCAUGUUUGGCUAGAAACAUACAGGUUUACAGUCUUUGACCUUGCAGAAUGCAAAAUUACAAAGCAUCAAAGCACCUAUGGGAGCUACUUUGGGAUUUUAUCUCCAUACAUGACCAGAUUUCACUCUUUUCUUUUUCACACUUUUUUCACACUUUUACUUACCCAUCCAAAAGUGACUGUUUCCCAUCUUCAGGCUGGACAUACCCUGCAGGCAUCCCUGUUAAGGGGAAUAUCCACACAGAAGCUGCCUGCAACCUCGGGAGACCAGUUUACCCAGGUGGCCCAAUCUCCAUCAGCAUUUCAUACCCUUUUGCAGGCAGAUGUGUACCAAAGUCGUUUGCAAUCAUCACAGCUCCCCCGUCUCUGGAAUGUAUUCGUUAUGCAACUGUCCAGACAGUUCCUUCUGCAAUUCCCACCUGAUGUUCUUAGGAGGAAUAACAGUGCCCAUCAGAGACAGCAAGAGGGAGUGUGUGUGUGUGUAGGAUGAAUAAGAAGACCCAACUAUCUUUUGUUGCUGUUCCAUUGGGAUGGAGUUCAUAUUAGCCCAUAUGAUGCUGUGCUUUGCACUUGUGACUACAAUAAUGUUGAUAGCACACCAUUGUUUUGGCCAUUGCUGAGCAGUGCUAUCACAGCAUCAAGGCUUUCUUUCCAAACCACUCCUCCGAAGACCAAUAGGCAAGAUGUUGGAGGGGACACAGCAGGUAAACCAACAUCACCUGACCAAAAUGAUGUCCCGUACCAUAUGAUAUCAUGCUCAAUACAACAAAGCUCAAUUUUAAAAGGUUACUGAUUUUAGGCAUUUACUAGAGAUAAUAUUAAAAGGUCUGAUUGUUUAAAGAUAACUUGUUCAGCAGUCCUUGAAAAUCAAGUCCCUCUUAAAAUCCUGCAUAUAAGAAUGAGUAUAUAAAGCCGCUUGCAUUAGCUCCUAAAUUUAUUUGUGUGGGUGGAUAUUUGAACAGCAGUGUGUACCUCCUAACAAAAGUAAUAGCAAGAUGAGCAAGUUUGGAAGUCUAUGAUACUUUUCUUUCUGAUGGCAAAACAGGUAAAUUACAGAGCUAUAGGAAAGAUUAUUGCUGGUGACUAUCUUUAUGUUAUGUAUUUGUGCUCCAUCUACUGAGCAGUAAUACAAUGUGAUUUUUCACAACUUCUGCAGGCUUGUCUUCACUCAAGCACGUGUAGUCAUUACAGUGGUCUACUUCAUCAUAGAUACACAGCAUAAUUUUUUGCUUCCUUGGGAUACAAUUAAACAUUUGUGGAUAUUGAAGAUUCUAUUUAUCAGUGCAUUGUUUUAAGUUUUAAAAUUUGGUGGCUGUGCAAUUAGUGUAACCAAGUGACAGAUGGAGUGCAGCAUGAUUAUAAUUCUUGUUUUUUUGGAGGCAAUUAACAGUGAAUGGAGAAGGUGCUAAUUACUGUAGCUGGUUGCAAUGCACUACCUAAUUUCUUGCCUUUGCUAAGCUUGCAGAGGAACCUAGAUGUUUUUUUGGAAGUUUGGCAGUGUAAAUUCAGUGCUAACUUCAGUGGUGUAGGCAAUUUUGUAGCAAAUUUGUCCUUGAUACCUCUUUGCUCAUUGCUCUUCCAACUUCAGGAAUAGAAGUAUUCUUUUAUUACUGUUGACUUUGUAAGAAGCAGUUUUUUGACCAGCCUGGGAUCACUUUUUAUGUAUUUAUUAAUGUCUGGAAAGAAACAAAGGCAACCUAGAGAAAAAAGAAGCAGCCAUUAUUUUUUCUUUCCCAUUUAUAUAUUUACUAGAAAUUAUGGAGCAGAAAAUCAUGGGAUUGUUGCGUUGGUUUUUGCUGGGAUAGAGUUAAUUUUCUUCAUAGUAGCUGGUAUGGGGCCAUGUUUUGGAUUUAUGCUGCCAACAGUGUUGAUAACUCAGGGACGUUUUCUUUAUUGCUGAGCAGCACUUGCACAACAUCAAGGUUUUUUCUGCUUUUCCUAUUGCCUUAACAGCAAAGAGGCUGGGGGAAAAAGAAGUUAUGAGGGGACACAGCUGUGAAAGCUAUGAAAGCUGACUCCAGCUGACCAAAGAGACAUUCUGUACCUUAAGGUGUCAUGCUUAGCAUAUAGAACUGGGGGAAGAAGAAGGAAGGCACAGGGGAUGUUUGGAGUGAUGGUGUUUGUCUUUCCAAGCCACUGUUAGGCAUGAUGGAGCCUUGCUUUCCUGGGGAUGGCUCAACACUUGCUCUUUGGAAGUGGUGAAUGAAUUCCUUGUUCUGCUUUGCUUGUGCACACAGCUUUUACUUUACCUAUUAAACUGUCUUUAUCUCAACCAUGGGUUUUCUCACUUUAUUCUCCUGAUUCUAUUCCCUGUCCCUCUGGGAGCAAGCAACUGUGUGGUGCUUAGUUGCCAGCUGGGGUUAAACCACAAAAUUUGUAUAAUCUAAAAUGGAGAUGAGGAAGAAGAUCUAUAUUACCUCUUCAACAUCAGUAAAACAACCUACCAUUGAAGAGAAUAUCUGAUUUUACAAUUCCACGCCGGAAUAGUGUCAGCCACAUGUACUCAAGGAUACCUAAAUCAUCAAGGUGGUUUUGAGUAACUUUCCACAACUACUUGUCAAGGCAACUUCCAAUAACUUCUGUGAGUAAAAUACUGCUGUGGUGACCUUUAAUAAUAGCUAAAAUACAGGGAGAGGCAAAGGGAGUGAAUUCCUGGACAAGGCUUCGCUCGCACCUGAAAGUCACAUCAACCCAUUCAGUGCAACAUUCAGCUUCCAUUUGUUUGAAUCUGUUCAAAUCUGUUCCUUGAAACUUUUUUAUAUUCCUAAUCUGUGGUCAAAGUGCCCUUGAAGAGAAAAAGUCAUAUCAGAAAACAAAUUGUUUUGAACCACUUAGGGCCAAAUUUACCAUUAUAUGCUUUAAAGAUUGGGUAGAGUGCUCCUGUGAAAAGCUGGAGGCUGGAAUUUUCGUUAAAGCUGUGGCCUGUUGAUAUUAUGAGAACUCCCAUUGCUUUCUCUGAAAUCAAUCAGUAUUUCUGAGUGUAAGGAUAGGUCACUGUGCUUUCUCUGCCAAUAACAGUUAAACUAGACAUGCUGCUCAUUCAUAAUUUAAGGUAAAUGUAUUCAGAAGUAUGUCUAUCUUCCAUCACUCAACAAAUUUUUCUUAAAGUUUUCUAGUUUUUUUUUUGCUUGAUUUUAAUUGUAAAAUCCCAACGUGACUUUUGUGGUUUUAGAAGAUAACAAAUUACUUCAAUCUUGUAUACUUAUUUUUUUCUCCAUACUGAAAGCAAACAGUAGAAUUUCUUCUAAUGGGAAGCUUGAAAUUUGCAAAAUGCUAUUAGUUUGUUCAUGUUAUUUCUAAGAAACAAGCUUACUAAUCUUAUGGAUCAAGCAGAGGGCACUGGCUUCCCAAAUGCUCAUUGAAACAGAAACUAUUAAUGAAGUAACUUUUUAAUUGGGAUUAACGAAGGAAAACUGGGGAUAGUGGAAUAUAUUUACAUGUGUUCCUUUAACUUCUCACCCCUGAGAGAGAAAGGCAAGUGACAUUAUAGAUAUUGUGUACUACCUGUGGUUUCCUGCUUUCUCCUGCUCCAGUUGCACUGUCUGAAUGUUUUCUCCAGUCCACUGUGAUGAUCAGUCCUCAACGUGUGUCUGCUCCUGGCACAGAUAAAACACUUUACCUCUUAACACCUUACAUAUCCUAUAUGGAGCACAAACUGAAAAAAACGAUAUAGCAGCAAUCAGAGGCUAGCAAAAAACUAUCUUAUUAACUCAAAAACUCUGACUUUCAAAAUAAGUGGUAAAGUUUGUUUGUCUGCUUUUUUCCCCAAGAUGCAACCUUGUACUGUAUUGUAACAGAAGCUUUUCCCCACAGAUCUCCUAUGCUGCUCUGGAACCACAGGCUGAUGCUCACUUUCUCACCCACAGCAUUGGAUGGAACAGUGAAUGAUAUAACCUCGCUGAACCACUACCCCGUCCUGCUCUUGAACAGGCCCUGAGAUGAAAAUCCACUCCUCAGUGAGCUUCAAUGUCUGCAUGUCUCUUACAGAGCAACCUAAUCUCAUGUGAAUAAGUGAAACCUUUGGCUGCCAGCAAGAAGCACUUGAAAGAAGCAUUAAUUAUUAAUAGUAAUAUUACUUCUUUUUUUUUUGUAAACAACAAACCAAGUGCAAUUAGUGCUAAAAGAAAAAAAUAAACACAAAAAGGUAUUUAGAUACAACAAUUGUUUCCAGGGAGAAAUACCAGAGCACAGAUUCUCUUAGAAAGCAAAAAGAUGGUGUAUUUUAAUCAAGAUUUCAGCAUCAGACCUAAAAGAAGGUUUCUCUACCCCUCAACAAGGGCAAAAAGUGCCUUGCUGACAUAGUUACCUUGCCUUUUUUCAGGCAGCAAAUAAAAUAGUCUGAACAAAUACGUCAUUUCUCCUCUAAGAGGUUGUAUGAGCAUCCAAAUGCUCAGUUUUGUACAGGGCUUACCUGUAGACAACACUUGUUUUGUGUUAGUGUCAUUAGUCAUGUGAAAGUGGUACAGCUUCUCGCUGAAGGUGUAGUUGUACUGUUACAGGCCAUUUACAGAUGCAAAAAGACAGAUGUUAUACACAGAAGCAUCUCUACCCAUUCAAGUACAACCAGGUGUGCCAGGUGAAACUGUCCUGGCAAAGAUGUCACAUCUCUAAUUGAUAUAUCUUUCCUAAACUAAAUGAAGAAAGCUGAACUGGAAUUCGAUCUUCCGAUUAUGAUUGUGUCUCCUCCUUAAUAAUGGGCUGUGCUUUGGUAGGUACAAAAAACAUCUUCUAUGCCUCUGUAUUCCUGCUAACAGAUGUCAUUUGUUAGCAAACACAUCAGAUAACUUCAGAGAACUUUAGUUAUACCAAAGGAAUAGGAAGGAUACAACUCCCCACCCACCCACCCUCACCAAAACCAAGCAAAAGAAAAAAUCAACCCUCCAGGUGCCAAUCCCUAUUAUAUUUUCAUAACUCUAGGCUGGAAAAUAUGUAGGGCAAGGUUUUCUAAAAUGUAUGCCUGGAGUUAGCCUUUAAGUCAAUACUUAAUGACUCAAACAUAUGUCUUUAAUCUCAAAAGUAAUAAUCAUUGUACUGUUAAUGAAAAUCUAUUCUGAAAUACCUCUUGGAAAAAAAAAAUCAAGAAUUCAAUGAUUUUGUAGGUCAACUUCAAGAAACAUAAAUAAUCAGAAGUUCAGAAUAAAGUAAAAAAUGGGCUGACAGAAUAGAAGAAAACAUUUUGGACAGGGCUAAGAUAUUAAUAUCCAAUGUAUUUUGGUUUUAUUGGCUGGGCGUGGUGGACACAUAUUCACAUGCAAAAAACUUUAUUAACACAAUUGCAAGUAGUUGGAACAUUAGCCUACAAUAUUAAAAUUGGCAAGAAUCUGAGCUGGAAAGGAUGUAAGCGCUGCAGUUUGACAUGGCAGUAAAGUUACUGUUCUGAUCCUCUGUUAAGAAUCUGUCUGUGAUGCAAAGCUCUGAUGCAAUACAGACUCAUUCAGCUAGUUCAAAUUUCUUUAAACAAUUUUGAUAGGUUAACUUGAUAGUGGCAUGCUUUAGGGCAGUGCUUAAAUUGCCUGUCCACCCUGUUCCAGCUCUUUAUCAUGUCAGACAUUGAUUAUCCCAUUGUAGAGCAUAAACACUACACUGUGUGCUAAAUCCAGCACAGACCAUAAGGAUAAAAAAACAUAUCUCCCGCAAAAUCAGGUGUCCUGACCUUCUUCUCACUGCAUCCUCUAACUUGUAGGGGCAUGUCACCUCAAGCAAUUCCCGUGGCCUUCUUGUUAUUUUUUGGCACUUUGCAUGCUCACUGUGUUAAUCUCAAAAUAAUUUAAAAAGAUGUUUCUUGCAUCUAGUUACUGACAAAUUUACUGUCUUUUAGAAAGACUUUAAUAAAGAUGGAGAGGUGGAAAUUUUAUUAGUUGAUUAAAAUCUGUCUCACAAAAUCUGGAAUAUUAAACUUUCAUUUGCCUUUGUAUUUUAAUUAAUUUUAUUAUUUAUAACUGAGAAGCACUGCAAUUUUUUUUCUAGUCUUGUUUAGUCUGCUGAGAAUAGACUUUUAUAAAUCUGAAAAAAAAGACUGUGUGCUACUGUUUUGUUUUCUCAUUGCUAUUGUCACUUCUUUAGUAGUAGUUAAUUUUAACUCAGCACCAAAAGGUUGCAAACCUCAAACUGAACAUGCUCAAUGAGAUAAUUAAUUUUCUCUAGUUUGUUUCUCACUGUGUAUUAAGACAAAGCUCCAACUGUCCUACUGCUAAGCCUGACUUCAGGUGGUAUUGGAAUCCCCAGCCCCAGAUGUUGGGAGAGGAGGGGGGCUGAAACUUCAGCUCUCUGGAGGAAAGGUUGCAGGCGAUGAAGAGGAAGAGCAGCUGAAGGAGCAGCUCUGAUAAAUAGCAGAAUUUCCAGGAAAAUCUGGGGGAUUCUUCCAGGGGACCAAAUAGAAUAAACAAAAGAAUAAAUGAAGGGAUCUUUUAUCUUUUGGAAAAUGCAUUUAUCACACUCCUUGGCAAGCCCCUCAGAAGGAAUAGAAUGUGUUAGCUUCCAGACAUGAACACGUCCUCUCAGUUGUAUGUUUCUGAACUAAACUUGAGUGCCUUUGGUAGCAACUUUACUGGGCCUACUGUCAAGAGCAAGUCAUCGCCAUGUGAGCAAGUGGUCAUUGCAGCUGAGGUGUUCCUAACUCUGGGCAUCAUAAGCCUGCUUGAAAACAUCUUAGUUAUAUGUGCAAUAGUUAAGAACAAGAACUUGCAUUCACCAAUGUAUUUUUUUGUUUGCAGUUUAGCAGUGGCUGACAUGCUGGUUAGUGUGUCUAAUGCUUGGGAGACCAUAACGAUAUACUUAAUAAACAAUAGACACAUCAUUAUGGAAGAUGCCUUUGUCCGUCAUAUAGACAAUGUCUUUGAUUCAAUGAUUUGCAUAUCUGUGGUGGCUUCCAUGUGCAGUUUGUUGGCUAUAGCAGUAGACAGAUACAUCACUAUCUUCUAUGCCCUGCGUUAUCACAACAUCAUGACAGCGAAAAGAUCAGGGUUUAUUAUUGCAUGCAUCUGGACUUUUUGCACGGGCUGUGGCAUUAUCUUCAUUCUUUAUUAUGAAUCAACUUACGUGGUCAUUUGUCUCAUCACUAUGUUUUUUACCAUGUUGUUCCUCAUGGUCUCACUGUACAUCCAUAUGUUCCUCCUGGCUCGUACUCAUGUGAAGAAAAUUGCUGCUUUGCCUGGGUACAACUCUGUCCGUCAAAGAACCAGCAUGAAAGGAGCCAUCACUCUGACUAUGCUUCUUGGCAUCUUCAUUGUUUGCUGGGCUCCAUUCUUCCUUCAUCUCAUCCUGAUGAUCUCCUGCCCUCAAAACCUCUACUGUGUUUGCUUCAUGUCUCACUUCAACAUGUACCUCAUUCUCAUUAUGUGCAAUUCAGUGAUCGAUCCCUUGAUCUAUGCCUUUCGUAGCCAGGAAAUGAGGAAGACCUUCAAAGAGAUAAUUUGUUGCUAUAGCCUGAGAAUGAUCUGUGGUUUAUCAGACAAGUAUUGAGAAAGCAAAACCAAACCAAGAAAGAAAAUAGAAAUGCAACAUCUUGCCUCAUCUUAUAACUCUGCUGAAAUGCCUAUGGAACAUAGUUUCUCUGUUCAGCUGUGAUGAUUUCUGCAGCAAUCAGAACCUAUUUUUUAACAUGUGAUUUUACAUUUCUUUCCCUCCACACACCUCUGUCAUGCUGAUGGUAGGAGCUACUCAGUGCGUCUGUAUAAUGGGGAAAAGAAUAUUUUGAAUCUCAUUUACUCUACCAAAGGCUGAAUUUUUUUAAGGGAUUAUACAGAGAAAGCCAUACUUUUCUUUCUGCUAAAUGCAAUGAGUGAGACCUGCCAUGUGAAUGAACCCAUCAUCCUUUCAAUACAUGUUUCUUUUGAUAUUAUUUGAUAUUAUUUUUCUCUCUAGGAAAAAAAAAAUUGUCUCUCUAGGUAAAAAUAAGCCUGGCUUAUUCUGAUGUCCAGAAUUACCAGGUGGUGUUUUUUAUUUUUUUUUUUUUUUUUUUUGCUAUUUCUUUCUAAAGAUAUAAAAUCAGAGAAGUAGCUCCAAUUAUCAAGCUUCACAUACCUUGGUCAACAAUUAUGACCUAUAUACAUGCACAUAUCAGCAGUCUUGUAUUCCAGUCAUGACUGUUACUGUCAUAAAAUGUGUAUUAUGUAAGAGGCCUGUGUUACCAUGAGAUUUUCCAGGCUGGAUACAGUACUUUGUCAUAUAUGACUAUCUGUGUUUUAAUCACACUGAUGUGUGAUGUAUCUUAGGUGGAUUUUAAGGCUGAAUGUGAAGACUGAGCUGAUUUGAGUUUGUCUGUUUUCUUUAUUCACCAGGGCUAGAGAAGUAAAGGGUACAUGACUCUAGAUAGUCAUGUAAUGUUUUGUGAAGAUCAAAAAACUUGAGUGAGUGCCUGCCUUUGAACAGACAUCAGAAAAACCUUUUGGCUGUGAGGAGCCUCUGUUACUGGAGGAAGUUGUUCUGUAGAUUGUAUAUUUCAAGCUGGGAGAGAAAAAACAAGUUUGAUAAUCAAAAACCAUAGCAGGCAAUGGUAAAAGAGGGAUUUCAAAACCUCAGGCACGUGUUGCUAUUACAAAGAGUCCUGACUUCUGCUCCCCAAAACAAACAGAUUUUGUCUUCGUUGAGAGGAUUCCAGGCUGAAACUCUCAUGCCUUUUGUGUGAGUAAUUUGCAUCUAGUCAUGCUUUCAUAAACGUACUGUUCUGCAACAGCUGUGUAAUGUACAAAAUGUUGGAUUUAUCACAGAUGAAGGAAGUGGAAGUAUGGCAUUGAUUUCUUGAUGAGCGUGGAUGGUGCAUAUCUUGCACUGUGAUUUAAGCUAUGAAAAUAUUUCAAGUGGUGACAACCCACUAACUAGAUAUCAGAAAAAAUGGAAAAAUGAACUAUUCCUUCUGAAAUCUGAAAGAAUAAUGCUUGUUAUGCCUGGUUUACAGAUGCAGUAAAACUCUUGUUCUCAAUAGAAGGAAUAUGAUUUAUUCCAUGGGUGUUAGGUUAUACCUUCAAGGUGAAAGUCCUGAUUCAGUUAUAGGAAAUUUUUUACAAUAAGGGCGGUCAAACAUAGGAACAGGCGCCCAGUUGUUGUGCAAACUCCAUUCUUAAAGAUAUUCAAAACUUGACUGUACUCAGCCCUGAACAAUCUGGUCGAAGUUGAAAGGUGAUUGACUUUGAAGUUGGCCCUGCUUUGAAUGAUUAGGAAUAGAUUACCUCCAUAGGUCCCUUCCAAACCAAGUUAUUUGGUGUUUCUAUGAAACAGUUUGCAUAUUAUGAUAAAAUGAUAAUUUUUCCCUCCUAAUUUCAUCUUUUGUGUAAGAAAAAUUGUAAGAUAUUCUCCUCCAAACAUUUAAAAAGAUAGAACACUUGUGUUUUCAUUUGCUUUGGAGGUCUCUGACAGGAGAAGUAAGGUGUAGCUCUAGCACUAGAGUUAUACAUUUUGUCUGCUGCACCUUAAAACGUAUUAUUCCUCCAGCUCACACUUAUCUCACUCUAACAUGAGUGGGAAUGUUAUUCUCAGUGAAGAUAUCUUAUUGUGCUGACUGAUAUAAUGGUUAUAUCAGUGCACUAGGUUCUGGAAUCUUCCUUCAGCUACAUCUGAAAAUGGGAUUUCAGAGAUAUGUUUGUGGUCAGUAGUGAGAAUCUUGUCUUGUUUCAGUCCAUCUCUUGACCCCAUCCAUAAAUAGCACCUAAAUGUGGGCUCUUGCAACUAGGAAUGUAAAUGGCAAAAGGAGAUAGCUCCAUUGCAUAGUGAAAAGCAUCAGCUGAUGUAAAUAAAUCAUUCAAUCCUCACCAGGUAUUGCAAAUAAGACAGUCUUGUACAUAAUUGCAAAACGACAAAGGGGAAGCCAAAAGCGUAAAAGCUUUGGGUGUUUUCUUGAAUUGUAUAUUAUUUUUUUUGUUUUGUUUUGUUUCAAGUUUGUUUGAUGUAUAAACCCAGACAUAUGAAGAAACUAUUAAACUGGAUUGCUGGAAAA